AUCACACUUCCGACUAUAUUUAUCAACAUGAUUUUACACAAUCAGAUUACAUAGACUUGAGGUUGAUUAGGUAUCCAUCGUUCAUAUUGGCUUUUUUAAAGUCACCUUUCUACUGAAUUGAUUUCUAUCGGACUGGUCGGAGAUAUGAGUGGCUUGCCAGAGUAUUUUAUGUGGUCAUUGCCAGUUGGAGAGCUAUAUUAUUUGUCUUUUUAACCAAUGUCUACGCGACCUUCUUCUUCAAUUUCGCACCUCAUCAAAGAGUGGCAACUCAAAUCCUCCAAACCGUAUGGCAAACUUGGCAAAAAGAAACGUGCAGCAUACAACCGUAAUCAGUUGAACACACUAGAAGCGCGGAUGGCAGCAAGCCCUUAUGGUAGAUUAAUCGGUUCACCAUGCAUUCUGUUGCUUUAAUAACCUCAUAUAUAGCCAAUAUACUUGCUUCUCCUCUCCGAAGAUGCCAGUUUCAUUUAAGGAUGUUUCCUGCUAAACUGCUUGCUCGUUUCCAACUGGGUUUGCAUCCAAAGACAUUGAUGCCUUGGGUAUAUACUAGCAUGUAUGACAAACAUCGGUCAAAAGGCAAAGGUGUUUAUGUAAAACUACAUACGAAAGCACUGGAGAUGUUUCGAACACGGCAAGGAUUCCUGGCAGCCUUCCAAAAAUCAGUUUAUUAUCGAGUCGAUAUGACAGAUCAUGUGUCGAGGUUAACAUUGACUCAUGCGCUAAAGCUACUUCGUCAGGUGCCGUCUCAUCAGUUACGUCUGUUACAUCCCGUACCAGGAUCCGCAUCGGCUCCCACACGCUGGCAAUGCAUGGAAAGCACAGAGCAACAGUUUCACGUUGCUGUGAAUGGAUUCCAGUGUCUUCUUCUUCUGACUUCGACUCCUGAAAGUCCCUUUAUUGACUUGGGUCAUGAGAUUCAGUGCAAGACUUUAGGAACCGAGUCUGCUCCUGUUCCUGAAUCAAUGUCAGAUACUCAAAUAUUUCGUCAUAUUCCUUGCUACGACAUGCGCCGACUAUGGAGUGCAGAAGAAAUCGAUGAAAUUUGCCACGACAUCAAACGCGAAUACCCUCAGUUAUGCACCGAUUCAACCUUUGCCAUCGGGAUCCCAAAAUCCAUAGACACGGUAGAUGUUGCAGUCGCCUUAUGGCAAUGCCGAGCAUUGUUGCGUUAGACAUUCAUAUUACCGGACAUACUUGUACAUACUCUUGCUGGACAUCAUUAUAUAAAUAUACCGUAUCUGGUCC